AUGAUUCAGCUUCUUCUGAUUCUGAUUUGCUUCAUUCGCGCUUCAACACCAACAUUCGAUGAGCCGCCGUAUCCGAUAAUGUUCAAACUAACCGAGCCGGAAUAUCGGAGUCUUCUAGAAGGGGCUCCCAGGCCAAUCAACAAGAUCAUCGGCGAUGAUUUUUGGUAUACACCUGUCAAGCUGGUGUCCGCACUUGGCCAAUUCAUUCCCGAACUCAUUCACACACUGAAAUUGGUGUUCGUCGAAACCGACUUCGACUAUAUGCACAGCGAGCAAUUCAUCGAGAAUUUCAAUAUCAAAGAAAACGCGACGCGUUAUGUUUGGAAUUUUUUCGGGAUUCAGAAGAUCGCUUGGGACGCGAUUGCCGCAGUGAAUUUCGACCACGACAGCACCUUCAUAUUCAUUCCAAUUAAGGUGCAAUCCGUCGAGCAAGUCAACACUAGAGAUGUCGUCUACAAUGUUUAUGUGAUCUACGGCAAGACGAACUGCUCGAAACGGUCCGGUGUUGUGUCGGAAGGAUGUAAGCACACACCGGGCGAUGAAGAAAUGCUGUAUUUGAUUCAAACGAUUCCCAAUGGCAACUUCAGGGUCAGCCGCAUCGAGAAUAAAGAGCAGAUAUAA